AUGCAAAAGUUUCCAAGAGAAAACAUUAAAAUUCCUUUGCACUUAAAACUAGCUGAUGAUAAUUUUGAUACGCCGGCGAAAGUUGACAUGCUACUAGGUGUCAGUCCUGCAUUAUCAAUGUUUUGUAACGGUGAAAUAAUUAUAAAUAAUGAAUUAAUUUUACAAAAGACAAGACUUGGUUGGGUAAUCGGUGGUAGCUUUAAUUUAUCACGAAUAAAUAAACGGUCCAAAUGCAUGACGACAAACAUAGAAUUCGAUUUAGAAAGAUUUUGGACGUUGGAAGAAACACAAGAAAAUCAGAGGCAUUGGUCAGACGAAGAGUUGUUUUGCGAAGCACACUUCAAAAAGCUCGUACGUAGAAAAGAAGAAAGGAGAUUUGUAGUAGCAUUACCUUUUAAAGAAGGUUGCGACAAGCCAGGCAACUCGCGACCAAUAGCCAUGAGAGGAAUAAUGUCACUUAAAACCAAAUUUAAAAGGAACACAAAAUUGCAGAUAGAUUAUACGAAGGCAAUCGACGAAUAUAUUAAAUUAAAUCACAUGUCUCUUCUAGAGAUGCCCUAA